AUGGCUCCACGGCUACAAAUCUCGCAACAAAUGUCGAGGAAUUUGCAACUCAUCCCCAGACAUGUCUGCGCCGGCUCGAGUCGAUCCCAAAUCUCCUGCAGGGCUGUGUCGUCCAUUAGCCAUUUGUCGCAAUCCAAGGGCAGUCUGGGACCUUCCCAGACCACCCCCUUGAGUUCUCCAGCUCCUCUGAGACACGUAAUUUCCCUAUCGAAAACGUUGUUUAUCGACAGUCAGAGACGGACCUAUGCGGAUUCAAUUGUCAAAGUGCCGCAGAUGGCAGAAUCGAUAUCAGAAGGUACAUUAAAACAGUUCUCGAAAAAGGUCGGAGAUUACGUUGAACGGGACGAGGAACUUGCAACUAUCGAAACAGACAAGAUCGACGUCACCGUCAAUGCACCAGAUGCUGGCACGAUUAAGGAGCUUCUUGCAAAUGAAGAGGAUACUGUUACAGUUGGCCAGGACCUCAUCAAGCUGGAGACUGGGGGCGCUGCUCCGGAGAAAACAAAAGAAGAAAAGCAGCCCGCGGAACAAGAGGAAAAGACUGAAGCUUCUCGUCACCCUCCUCCGUCACAUCCAAAGCAGGUUCCUUCUCCCCCUCCAAAACCAGAACAAGCCACUCAAAAUCCCGCCCGGCCAAAGCACAACCCGUCCAAACCUGAACCCGCCCAAACAUCGCAGCCGGCCCCCGGAAACAGAGAAGAACGCAGGGUAAAAAUGAACCGUAUGCGCCUGCGAAUUGCUGAGCGUCUGAAGCAGUCUCAGAAUACUGCAGCAUCGCUUACCACAUUCAACGAGGUUGACAUGUCGUCUCUCAUGGAAUUCCGUAAACUCUACAAGGAGGAUGUCUUGAAGAAGACCGGCGUAAAGUUGGGCUUUAUGAGCGCUUUCUCUCGUGCAUGUGUUUUGGCUAUGAGAGAUGUCCCUACUGUCAAUGCCUCGAUUGAGGGGCCGAACGGCGGUGAUACGAUCGUCUAUAGAGACUAUGUCGAUAUCAGCGUUGCAGUGGCGACGGAGAAAGGAUUGGUGACUCCAGUGGUGCGAAACGCUGAGUCCCUGGAACUUAUUGGAAUUGAGAAGGCAAUUGCAGAAUUGGGUAAAAAGGCGCGUGAUAAUAAAUUGACCAUUGAAGACAUGGCCGGCGGCACAUUCACUAUUAGCAAUGGUGGCGUUUUCGGGUCCCUCAUGGGCACACCCAUCAUCAACCUUCCUCAAACAGCUGUGCUCGGUCUUCAUGCUAUCAAGGAUAAGCCGGUCGUUGUCGAUGGAAAAAUCGAGAUUAGACCUAUGAUGUAUCUUGCUUUGACCUAUGACCAUCGUCUACUAGAUGGUCGAGAAGCUGUGACUUUCCUUAUUAAGGAAUAUAUCGAAGAUCCAAGACGUAUGCUGCUGGCGUAG